AUGAACAUUGAGCGUGACCGGUACCGCUACGACGAGGAGGAUGAGGAGGACUCCCUCCCGUUUGAGGGGCUCGAGAAGUCCUCCGCACUUCAGCAGUGCCGCGUGUUCAACGAUGUGCGUCUAGACAUCUCCGCCUGCCUGCGCUCCAUGACGCAGUGCCUCUACCUCAUGUACACCGGCACCACACUCACGGAGGCGGAGGCGACGGAUCUCUUCUUCAUGUCCACCAAACUCCUACAGUCGAGCCAUCCGAAGCUGCGCCGGCUGCACUACGUGCUGAUGAAGGAGUUGAGCCCGCUUGUGGAGCAGCGCUUUAUCGCCUCCAACUCGCUCAUGAUCGAUAUCAAGAGCAACAACGAUGCUAGCAAGUGCAAUGGGAUUCGAACGCUCUUCAAGGUGAUGAACAGCUCCCUCUACGCGUCGAUGGACCGCACCAUUGUGGAGGCGCUGACCUCGCAGAGCAGCAACGUGGUGUGCGCCGCCCUCGUCACGGGACUGCACAUCGCGCAGACGCACCCUGACAUGGCGAAGAAGUGGGGGACGCAACUCACGGAGGUGCUGCGCAGCUGCGGCAAGGCGCAGUACCCUGCCAUUGCGCUUCUGCACAAGAUGCGAAAGAAUGACCGCCUCUCCGUCACGCGGCUCAUUGAUCAGGCGAAGAACGGGCAGAUCCGCUCCCCGCUCGCCCUCUGCCUGCUCAUAAAGAUAUGUACUGAGUUGAUGCGGGAGGAUUUCGAGGGGUCGCUGGAUAUCUACAGGUUCGUGACGUCCAUGAUGCACAACAACAAUGACCUGGUGGUGUUUGAGUCUAUCAAGUCCAUCUGCUCGCUGCGUAACAUCACUGCGAAGGAGGUAUCGCCGGCUGUGAUGGUGGUUCACCUGUACCUCAACGCGCAGAACGCCGUGCUACGUUUCUCCGCCAUUCGCCUGUUGAAUGAAGUGGCAACGGUGCACCCCGCCGCGGUGUCGCCUAUCAACGCGGAGAUUGAGAACCUCGUGACUGAUCCCAACCGCAUCAUCGCCACGCUCGCCAUCACGACGCUGCUCAAGACCGGCACGGAGUUCACGAUUGAGCGCCUCAUCUCCCAGCUGUCCGCCGCCGCCUACCUUCGGGAGCUGGGUGAUGAGUUCAAGAUGGUCAUCAUCGACGCGAUGCGUGUUCUGAGCAUCAAGUUCCCUGCCAAGUACAGCAUCUUCCUCAGCUUUCUCUCAAAGGCGCUCAAUGAGGAGGGCAGCAGCGAGCUGAAGGAGAACAUCGUGGACGUCACGAUUGGAAUCGCCAAGUCGAACCCCGAGUCAAAGGAGUCCGUGCUGAAGUACCUCUCAGAGUUCAUUGACGACUGCACCUACCCGCAGAUUGUGCGGCGCGUGCUGAUGUACCUCGGCGAGGAGGUGCCGCUGAUGGAGAACCCCAAGACAUUUGUGCGGUUUGUGUACAAUCACGCCACCCUGGAGCGCCCCGAGAUUCGUGCGGUGGCGGUCAGCACGCUGGCGAAACUGGCAGCACGCGUGCCGUCCCUGCGCCGCUCCAUCGUCACCUUGCUGAAGCGCACCUGCAGCGACACGGACGAUGAGGUGCGUGACCGCGCCGUGCUCUACACGAAGCUCUUCCUCCACAAGGACGAGAACACUAUCCGCGCAAUGGUGUGCGACGUGGCCAACGCCGUGGCGAUGACUCGGCAGGCGCGCAUCAACGCGAAGCCGUCGGUGCUGAAAACACACGGCAGUGACGUCAUCUCCCAGAACAAUGCGAUACCGUCGGCGGAGGAGAGCAGCACGGAGGACGCGUUGGUGGUCUCACACGCCGUGCUGCAAGGUCGCGAGAAGAUGCGGAACGUGAAGCAGCUGCUCGAGCUCGGUGAGCCGUGCGCCAGCAGCGAGCCGGUCCCGCUCACCGACCCCGACAGUGAGUACGUGGUGGCGGUGAUGAAGCACGCCUACGCCUCCCACAUGGUGCUGCAGUUUAGGGUCAAGAACACGAUGGAGAAGAUUACGUUCAAGAAGAUCACCAUCGACGUGGACACGGAGGAGGUAGAAGUGGAGCCGCUCUACGCGAUUCCGAUCGACGCGGUCGCGCCUGGUGCCAUCGAGUACGGCUACGUUGUGCUGCGCUACGACGAGGAGCAGUUCCCGAGCGGCCCCGUCGAGUGCCGCUUCAAGUUCGCCAUGCAGGACGACGACGGCGACGAGGAGGACGAGGAGGAGUACCCGCUGGAGAGCUUCGACAUCAACGUUAGCGACUUCAUCACGCCCGUCAACCUGCGCGGUGGCUUCGACACGCAGUGGGACACACUCCAGGGCGAGGAAACGACCGGCACGUACUCGCUCAGCUCGAUGCGCAACCUCACCGUCGCCGCGCGUGAGCUGGUGGAGUUCUUUGGCAUGUAUGUGGUGGGCGGCAAGCCGGAAAAGAUCACCACCACCUCGCACACACUGCAGAUGUCCGGCACAAUGGCGAACCGCGCACGGGCGCUGGUCCUGAUCACCGCGCGCGUGUUCAUUGCAAAGGACAACACUGUGGCGCUGCAGCUCACGCUGCGCGGGGCCACGGCGGAGCUGCGCGAGUACAUCUCGACGGCGCUGCUCUCUUAG